AAUCAUAUUCUUAAUACUCUCUGUGCAAGCGAGGAAGAUCGAGGACUUUAUUCAGAUUGAAGUAUUCACAUCUUUAGACACUGAUAAUUUCAAUAUGAUGUUCAUUCUUUACAUGACGCUUUCAUUAACCGUUCUGCAAGUUAGGGCAGAACCACCUACUUGCACCAAUCAGACAAGGACUUGUUGGCACCAAGGCAAGGACUAUGUGUGCAACAAUAUGAUUCCUACAGUGUAUUCAGGGAACGCUGGCUCGUUAACAAUACAAUGUGUACACAGGAAUAUAGCAUUGGACAAUAAUACGUUUGCCGACAAAAGCUAUCAGAAACUUAAAACGUUAAUUUUAUACAGUCCGUACGAUUAUAAGAUCACGUUUAAAUCAAACUGUUUCUUGGGCUUGAAAGAACUAUCUGAGUUACAUCUGAGCGUUGCGGGAACUCAUAUACACCGAGGAUGGCUUAAUGGACUCGACAACAUUCGUGUGUUUAAUGUAUCGGAAUGUUAUACCAUGUUGCCGGAAAAUAUAUAUGAAAUGUAUGAAAAGGAAUCCAUGCCAAAGUUAAGAGUAUUAGCUUUGCAUAGAUCCGUCGGAUUGAGACAGGGUUCAUUUGAUUUAAAUGCUUCGUUUUGGCGCUUUGUCGGUUCAAGACCCGUCGAGGUGCUUGACCUAGACUUUUUAGAGAUAUUAACAUUUGAUGUACAAGAAUUUUCAAAAAAUUGUGCAAAAGUAAGGAAGUUAUCUUUACGUUCAAGCAACAUAAAGCAGUUCACAAAUGUACUUUUAGAUAUAACAGCCGUUUGUUCAUUCGAUAUAAUUGAUGUUACAGGUAUGAUUUUGCCUAACAGGAUAAGGCCUUUCUGCUUCGUGAAUAUUGCUAACAGGCAAAAUUACAUUUAUAGUUUGGACGCUUAUGCGUUUUUACGGCAUACAAAAAAACUAUUCUUAAAUAAUAUUUGUAACAGCGGACAUCCUAUGAUCAUUAAACAUGAAAGAAAUAUCAGUUUUACAUCCAACUACGUGUGGAAUAUAGAAAAUAUAUCAUUCGAAGGUAACAACCUUCAAAUUAUCGAUACUCAGCUUAUAACUAUCGCACCGUUAAGGAACGUUACAUCUUUUUCAUUCAGCCGAAACAAUCUAAAAUUCAUUCAUCCGGAUUUUUUCACCGUUUUUAAUGAUUUACAAUCAAUUGAUCUGUCUUACAACGAGCUACAAUCUAUGAGUUUUAAUAACAAAUCGCUAUUCAGUGUACUUUUCAAUAGUCUUUUAAAGAUACAGACUAUAAACCUUUCAUCCAAUCACCUUAAUUAUUUACCAAAAGAGUUGUUCAUCCACAACACUCUGCUUAGAAAUUUAGACUUGUCACAUAAUUAUUUGCGUACGUUAGAUCUAAACGUAAAAACAGCAAAGCAAAUACGAUAUCUUAACUUAUCAUAUAAUACCAUAGAAACGUUGAAUGAUGAAUCAAGAGACGUCAUUGAUGAAAUUAUACAAUCUAAGCACAACAAAACAACACUGGUCGACUUAAGUCAUAAUAGGUUCCCAUGUAGUGAAUGCAAUAAUCUUCAGUCAGUUCAAUGGCUAUUGGAUUUCAAAAGAAGAAAUAGUCAAUCAAUAACAUGUGUUGGCAAAGACGGGACGAUAACAGAUAUAGACGCCCCCGUUAUAUCAUCAGUGCAAUACAUAUGUAAAAAACGAGAGCGAAUAGGACUAUGGAUUGGGUUUGGCGUAGGAGCACCAUUACUUGCGAUAUUAACAAUCUGUGUCGUUGUAUUGACAAAACGUAGAAGAAACCAUAAACAAAAGAAAGAAGACGUCAUUGCAUUACUUAAAGCAGGCGAAGAUGAAUUGAGGUUCGUUGUUUUUCUAUCAUUCAACAGUCAGGACGAGCCUUUCCUAAGAGGAAACGUGAUCAAUCCAUUAGAUCAACAUCUGCAAGAUGCAAUUGGAAUAGACAGAACAACAGUAUGUAUUGGAGAUAGGGAAUUUAUACCAGGACGUCCCAUCUCCGACGAAAUUGUCCAUUCUCUGCGGAAAUCGGCCAUGGUUCUAAUAUUAUUGUCCGAUGCGUAUACCCAAAGCGAGUAUUGCCGGCAGGAAUUUGAACAGGCCCUUAUAAUGGAUAAAGCGAUUAUAUUCUUAGUGAAGGACACAAUCCAAGAAGAGCUGCUGACACCUACAAUGCAAGAAUUGUACAAGAAAAACGUUCGCAUAAUUUGGACUUAUGAGAAUGGAAGGUAUCUUCUUAAAACUACUUGGAACCAUGUCUGCGCUUCUAUAAUAGACGUGUUCUCGAAGAAAUCGGGACUUUAAAACUCCAAAUCUAAUGUUAUGUCGUAGGAAGAAUGGAACAUUGAAUAGCAUUGUAAUUAAGUGUGGAGGUUAUAGAUUGUAUCAUUUACAUCAAUGUUAUGUCGUCUCGCUUUUAUAUCAUAUUGCUAACAAGUGAAUAUGUUUCUUUGAAAGUUGUAUAUAUCUGACACACUUUGAUGAUAUAUAGAAUUGUCCGAUGCUUAUACUCAAGGUGUGUAUCGCCUGCAGGAAUAUGGGCAGGCGCUUAUGAUUAAUUAACAGAUAGUAUUCUUAGUGAGGGAAACACUUUAUUUGAAGCUGAUGACACCCGUAAAGAAGAAUUGUAGAAGAGAAAUGUUCGAAUAAUAAGGACGUUUGAGAAUGGAAGAUGACUUUUUAAGUACUUGGAACAAUGUCUGUGCUUCUGUUAUGAACAUGUUUUCGCUGUUUUCGGGACCUUAAUACUCCGUUAGUUAUGUAACGUAGUAUGAAGAAUGUAACAACAUAUAACAUUGCUAUUACCUAUGGAAGUGACUGUUUGUAUUUUUUGUAUUUUGUUUUUAUCUCAUCGUUAACUAUUGAAUAAUUUAAAGGUUAAUUGAAUAUCAGAUGAAUGUUUGCUAUAGUACGUUAGUAUGAACAUAUGUUAGCAGUUAUGAUCAAAUAAAGCCAUCGUAUUUCAUUAUAUAAACU